AUGUUCAAUUUUGGGGCCAACAGCGGUAUGAAUUCCAAUACUGGAUCGACCGGUGGAGGUCUUUUUGGCUCUACAACGAAUGGCGGUGGUUUCAGUUUUGGGAACAACAAUGCAUCACAGAAUAACACCAACGUCUUCUCGAACACGGGCACGGGGGUACCGCCAGCAGGCCAGGGCACCAGCAAUGGAGGCCUCUUUGGAAAUAAUAAUCAGACGACCAAUACUGGAAUUGGGGGCGGUAACAGCGGUGGGCUCUUUGGCGGGGCUGCCAACACACAGAAUAACACAGCGGGCGGCGGGUUGUUCGGCCAGGGCACGCAGAACGCCACGACGGGCGGGGGGCUCUUUGGACAAAACACGCAGGGGAACGCGGGGACGGGGCUAUUUGGCCAAAACACACAGAGCGGGACGACCGGUGGAGGGUUGUUUGGACAGAAUUCACAGGCCGGUAACACCGGCGGUGGGCUCUUCGGCCAGAACACUCAAGGAGGUAAUGCGGCAGGUGGUCUCUUUGGGUCGAGUGCUCAAACUGGAAACGCCAGCUCCAAUUUGUUUGGCCAGUCCAACACCCAGGCCGGUACCACCGGGACAGGUACCGGGCUUUUCGGGCAGUCUAACACCCAAUCUGGCACGACAGGGACUGGGACCGGCCUUUUUGGACAGGCUAACACUCAAUCCCGUACCACAGGCACUGGUACUGGGCUGUUUGGCCAAUCAAAUACCCAAACUGGUACAACUGGUACCGGUAAUGGGCUGUUUGGACAGGCAAACACGCAAUCCGGCACAACUGGCUCGGGCACUGGGCUGUUUGGACAGUCCAACACGCAAGCUGGUGCAACAGGUACUGGUACUGGGCUGUUUGCCCAGUCAGGUGCAAGAUCUGGUCCAACAGCUACCACAGGUAGCCUAUUUGGGAACUCUAUGAGCGGAACUAGCACAAUUGGUGGGAACAAUGCUACCACAGGCGGCCUUUUCGGACAAAAUACACAGUCCGGUACGACUGGCACUGGGCUUUUUGGCCAGGGCACCAACACUACACAACAACCACCGACUUCUUUGUUCAGCACCGGUACUGCCAAUACGAGCCAGCCGACCUUUGCAUGGUCGCAGCAGCCUUUGCAGAACAUGAGUAAUUCUAUGCCUCAGCAGCAGGGUCAAGCGCAAUCGCAAGCGCUACCGCAACAGGCACAAUCCUCUCAAUUACAGUUCUCGGGCCAGCAACCAUUGAUUAAUCAACAGCAACCUAAUCAACAAGCUUCGAACUACCCGCAACAAAUCCAGGAGCAAGUACUAAAAUGCAAGGAAUCGUGGGACCCAAAUAACCAAAGGUCAAAGUUGCGAACUUUUGUCUACAACAAAUGCAAUGAGACUGAAGCCAUGCUAUACAGUAAACCUGCGAAUGUUACACAGGAAGACUGGGACAAGGCACUGCUGCACAAGCCUAAUGCGAAUGUGAUUCCCGUCGAGGUUAAAGGCUUCGAGGAACUCAUUCAGCGUCACAAUCUGCAACGCGACCACGUGGCACAGGCGCGCAUUAUCCUCACUCAGAUUCUGGAUAAGUUGACUUGCAUUUCUCAGCGCCACGAGCUUGACACAGCGACACGCAUACUAAAGGCACAAGCGCGCAACUCCACAAUUCAGCACCGCAUAAUGCUGUUAGCCAACCAGCUCGCUGUUCUGAAGAACAAGGGCUUGCCGCUCAAUGUCCAAGAGGAGACACUGAUAACCGAAUUCCGCAAGCUGCUCGAACGCAGCAACGACCCAGCGGGCCUCGGAAAGAACAAUGAGCUGUGGGCGCGGCUCGCAGUGCUCAAGGAGCGCGCCAAGACACUCAGCAGCCAAUUGGAUAGCACUCUUGUGGUCAUUGCGGAGAAUGGCGGCGGGCGUGCCGCGGCUGGAAGCGCUAACGGCGAUCAUCCAGACUCCGAAGAACGCCGCGUAGACGAGGAGGUUGUCAACAGUGUAAACAAAAUCGCAGACAUCUUGAUGAAUCAACAGCGUGGUCUAAUAUACCUGAAUGAUAUCAUUGAGAAGGACGCCCAGAUUGUUGACCGUUACUUAAAAAAAUAA